AUGGUGAGCGGCCCGAACCGACCGCCCAGUUUGGUCUUCGUCGCAGACAUCCCCAGGGAGCGUGCCAACAACGUCGGGCUUGCGAUGGAACCCGAGAUUUCCCAGCGUCGCGACACGUCGUACCUAGUAUGGCCGGGUUCAGCCCGUGGCGAUUCCUGGCCUGCUCCAUGGAGUGAGGGGCGCCACCGCGCUUGUCCCCCUCGCUCGCCGGCAGGCCUAGAGCUGUGCCGUGCCAGGUAUCCGGCCCCGCUGCUGCGACGCUGCAUGUGCCUCCAUCCGACCAGCCACGAUGGUCUUGGCAACGGCGGGCUGGCCGUGUCUCAGGGUUGGCCGUUAGCUGCCUCCCCUGGCUGGAUGCAUGCACAGUCGCGUAUUCGCCAGGGAUCAGAACAUGUGUUCCCCGAAAAGCUCGGCAUGGUGAGCAACCCUCCUGACCGUUGCUCCAUCAUGCCCAGUGCCUAG